AAGGGUACGUCGUCUUUCGGCAAGCGCCACAGCAAGACGCACACGACGUGCCGGCGGUGCGGCAAGGUGUCGUUCCACAUCCAGAAGAAGGUGUGCUCGUCCUGCGGCUACCCCGGCGCGAAGAUGCGCCGAUUCAACUGGAGCGAGAAGGGCCUCCGCCGCCGCACCCAGGGCACGGGCCGCAUGCGCUACAUGAAGUCGCUGCCGCGCCGAUUCAAGAACGGCUUCCGCGAGGGCACGCAGGCGGCGCCCAAGGCGAAGGCGCGCUCCACGAACGCCUAA